UUUAAAAUUAGUCUUUAUUGACACAAAUAUCAAAAUUUCUGGAAAAAAAAUUAAUUUUCCUUCCAAUAAAACUAAAAACUGACACUUAGUUCUUAUUUUUUACUUUAUUUAAACUCUUUUCUGAACAUAUCAUAGUUCCUAAACUGUCCGACAGAGGGAGACACCAUCAGAGUAAGUUGGAACGCGCCCGUUCGCUAGACGCUUGUCAAUUCUACCCCCAAGGGGAUAAAAUAGGGGAUGAAAGUUUGUAUGAAACUUUGUCAAUUUUAAACUGAUCGGGCUGAGACUUUGUAUGCAUAAAGCUACUAUGACGUAGGCAUCCCCUAAGAAAGGAUUUUGAUAAAUUCCACCCCUAAGGGGAUGAAAGUUUGUAUAAAUCUUCUUAGAUUUUCGACUGAUUGAACUGAAAUUAAAGAUUGGAGCUACUAUGAUGAAGACGUCCGCUUAAAUAGGAUUUUGAUAAAUUCAACCCCCAUGGGGGAUGUAAAUGUAUUAGUUUGAACCUAUCAGUACCUAAUGGAACGAAUAAAUUAAGAUGAACAAAAUAAUUUUUAGUUCUAAAUGUUGACAAUAGAUGGCGUUAGUAGUAUUUUAAAACGCGCUAUCGUUGUUUUCACUGAGUUACAUAUACCCGAUGAUGAGUGGCCGCCGUAUCUAAUAGAUUGAAUUAUCAAAUUUUGAAAAAUGGAUAAAAGAUAUUGAUUUGGUUAUUGGAAGAAAAUUACAACAACCUUUAAUUUCAAGAGAUGCAAAUGAAUAUAUUUAUGCUAACUUUGAUUUAGAAUUGGCUGGUAUUUUGAAAGAAGUGAAGUAUCUGAAAGCACUCAAUUAUAGUGAGCUACCACAACUAGCAAUUGAAUUUUAUGAAAAAUCAGAUAUGUUUUAUCAAUGUGUUUGGAAAUUAAAAAAAAUUUCAGAAUGGUAUAACAGAUUAAGAAACUUAUUAUUACCAAUUGAAUUUUCUUUGGUUACUAAGCAGUUUUUAAAUAUGGAUAAAAGAAUAAAUGAAGGUGAAAGUAAGAUAACUUGGAUUAAUAAAGCAGAAGCUGAAGAUUAUGUUAAUAAAUUAUACACUGAUACAGAAGUUCUAUACAAUGCAAUUUUUACUGCUAAUAAUAACUUUUUAAAUAUUCAAAAACUAAUAGAAACUUGGUACAGAUGCCCUCUUUUUGAAAGAAAAGAUAAAAAAACUGAUACAUUAUUGCAUUUAGAAGAUAAAACUGAGAGACUAAAUAAGCGAUAUGCAGAGAUAAAAGCCACAGGAGAACAAAUAAAUGCUAUCUUGCAGGAAAAUAAAAUAUUAUUUGAAGCUGAUACAAAUUCUGAACAAUGGAAAGAUUAUGUAGAAUAUAUAGAUCAAAUUGUUAUAAAUGGCCUGUUUAAUGUCAUCAAAUGUAGUUUAUCAUAUUUAAUAGAAAAUACUGAUGAACACUCUGUACAGGCACCAUUUUUUGAAAUUUUUAUGGAAUUGAAUGGACAAGAAAUUACUUUUACUCCAGCAACUGAUAAAAGUGUAUUUGGAAACUUUUUAAGCAUUUUUUAUGAUCUUACUGUGGACAUAUUCAAUUUAGCAAAAAAUAUACCAAGGAUAACAAUGAAAAAAGAUAAAAAAGAUUAUGAGGCUUUAAUGAAAGAAAUUGAUGAAUUAAGUUUAAUGAAUGAAAUUAUAUGGCAACGUUCAGAAGAAGCUCUGACAGCAUUAACUAAUUUUGUAAGCACAUUUAAAAAUUAUGCAUUUCUAUGGGAAGUGGACAAAGAAGCUCUGUUGCAAGAAUUUCUUAUAUAUGGAAAUUCACAGUUCAUUGAAGAUAUGAGUGAAGAAAUUGAACCAGUCCCUUCACCUCCAACAUUAGAAUUAUUUGAAAAAGAGAUUGAAAAUUAUGAAGAUCUUUGGAAGGAAGUUGAAGCUCUUGAUAAUUAUGUUAUUCUAAAAGGAUGGUUACGUGUUGAUAUGCAUCGUUUCAAAUAUGGAUUAUUAAAUGUUAUUAGAAAAUGGGGUCUAAUGUUUAAGACUCAUUUAGCUAACAAUUUAACAUCAAGUUUAAAUGACUUGGAAAAUUUUUUGAAAGAUUCUGAAAUAGGAUUGUCACAACACAUAGAAGAAGGUGAUUAUACUACUCUAGUCAGUGUGUUAGGAUAUCUAAAGGCAGUGAAAGAUCGUCAAGAAAUAACUGAUGAAAUGUUUCAACCAUUACAAAAAUCUGUGGAAUUACUUCAAAAUUAUAAACUACAAAUAUCAGAAGAUACACUUACUAAACUACAGGAUCUUCCAGAACAAUGGACAAAGAUUAAGAAAAAAUCAAAUCUUGUUAAACAAUAUCUUCAACCACUUUUAACAAAAGAAACUUCAAAUGUUCGACAUAAAUAUGCCAAGUUUGAAACAAAACAAAUUGAAUAUAGAGAAAAGUUUUUACAAUCUUCAGUAUUUUUGGCUACAUGUGAAAUUCCUUUAGAGAUAUGUGAUGAACUUGAUAAAGAUAUAAUACAAUUAAAAACUGAAAUGGAACAAUUAAAUAGUCAUGCUGCUUUACUUGAAAUCAGCCCACCAGAGUUUAAGCAACUAUCUUUAUGUCAGAAAGAAUUGAACUUGCUAAGAAAUGUCUGGAAAUAUACAUUAGAAUUAAAUGAUAUAUUUCAAACUUGGAAAAAAACACCAUGGCUGAAAGUUGUUGUGGAGGAUAUGGAUUUGGAAUGCAAAAAAUUUAACAAAGAAAUUCGCUUUAUGGAUAAAGAAAUAAAAGGAUGGGAUGUAUAUAAGGAUUUAGAAGCUAAAAUAAAAAAUAUGAUGAUUUCUCUGAGAGCAGUAGGAGAACUUCAAAAUCCAGCUAUUAGAGAACGUCAUUGGUUUCAAUUGAUGACAGCAACAAAAGUAAAAUUUGUAAUGACUUCAUCAACCACAUUAGCUGAUUUGUUAGAGUUAAAUCUUCACAAAUAUGAAGAAGAGGUUCAUCAAAUUGUUGAUAAAGCAGUUAAAGAAAUGGCAAUGGAAAAAACUUUAAAAGAAUUAAAUAAUACAUGGCAGAAAACAGUGUUUGAAUAUGAGAUCCAUCCAAAAACAGGUUGUACAUUAAUAAAACCAUCAGAAAUUCUUAUUGAAACAUUAGAAGAAAAUCAGGUGAUAUUACAAAACAUGUUAACAUCAAAACACAAUGAAUACUUUUUAUCAGCUAUUGCAGAAUUUCAAAAAAAAUUAUCAAAUGCUGAUCAAAUUAUUAAUAUUUUAUUUGAUGUUCAAAGAACUUGGUGUAAUCUACAAAGUAUAUUUAUUGGGACAGAGGAUAUUCGUAUGCAACUCCCUCAAGAUACUGCAAGAUUUGAUGAACUUGAUCAAGAAUUUAAAUGUUUAUUACAAGAAUUAAUGAAAUCAGCAAAUGUUAUCACAGUAACAAGUCAAAAAGGACUUUAUGAAAAUUUGGAAAAAUUGAAAACUGAAUUAACUCUUUGUGAAAAAGCUUUGGCUGAAUAUCUUGAAACAAAACGUCUUAUAUUUCCUCGGUUUUAUUUUAUUUCAUUUGUUGAUCUUCUGGAUAUUUUGUCAAAUGGAAAUUCUCCAAUUUUAGUUGCAAAACAUCUAACCAAACUCUUUGAUUCAUUAUCCAAAUUGAAAUUUUCAUCAGAUAAUGAGAAUACAGAUAAAAUGCAGAAAUCAGCAGUAGGAAUGUACAGCAAAGAUGGAGAAUAUGUGCCAUUUUCUGACUCUUGUGAUUGUGAUGGAGUUGUUGAAGUAUGGCUAAAUCAUUUAUUAGAUCAUAUGAGAGCUACUGUUCGUUUUUACUUAACAGAAGCAGUUUCAACGUAUGAAGAUAGACCAAGAGAAAGUUGGAUAUUUAAUUAUCCUGCUCAAGUGGCUCUUACUGCAAAUCAGAUUUGGUGGGCAACAGAAGUAAAUUUAGCUUUUGCCAAAUUAGAAGAAGGUUAUGAAAAUGCAUUAAAAGAAUAUAAUAAAAAACAACAUCAACAGUUAAAUUCUCUAAUUGGAUUGCUUUUGGGUUCACUUAAAUCUGGAGAUCGUCAGAAGGUUAUGACAAUAUGCACAAUUGAUGUUCAUUCACGUGAUGUUGUUGCAAAAAUGAUUGCUCACAAAGUAGAAUCAUCAUCAGAAUUUAUGUGGCAGUCACAACUUCGUCAUUACUGGAAUGCUAAGAAGGCUGAUUGCCAGGUUAACAUCUGUGAUGCUGAAUUUCAGUAUGCUUAUGAGUAUUUAGGAAAUACAACACGACUUGUGAUUACACCACUCACAGAUAGAUGUUAUAUUACUCUUACACAAUCUUUACAUUUGUUUAUGGGAGGAGCACCAGCAGGUCCUGCAGGAACAGGAAAAACAGAAACAACUAAAGAUCUUGGACGUGCACUUGGUUGUAUGGUUUAUGUAUUUAAUUGUUCAGAACAAAUGGAUUAUAGAUCAUGUGGAAAUAUUUAUAAAGGGCUAGCACAAACUGGAGCAUGGGGCUGCUUUGAUGAAUUUAAUCGUAUAUCUAUAGAAGUUCUUUCAGUAGUUGCAGUACAGGUAGAAUUUUGUUUUACUU